CCUCUAUUAGUUCGACGUAUUUAUUGUAGUGGAAACCUGAGAUGGAAACAUGUACUGACGGAACGGUGACGUACCGUUGACGGAAGCUGAUGUAUCGUCUGAAUCGGGCUUAACUAGUUCAAACUGCCACAGGUCUGUCUAAACAAAACAACAUACAUUGAAUUUUAUGCGCUGAUGUGUGAUUCAAGAAAACACUGCAAUCUUUUAUGUUAUGUCCAUAAAUUGAUAAUCUCUUAGGUUAGUGAUUGAAUAACUAAAAACAAUGAUUUCCGACGCGUUAGGUGAUUUGGAGAAAUGUGUUGACACGGCCGGGACACAAUUAGAUUCACUGGCUCACAAAAUUACCGAUGUCGAGAAAAAUCUGGACGAGAAUGAUAUGGAAGGUCUAGAAAGCGGUAUGAUGGAAUUGCUGGAAUCAGUGACGGAGGUAAAAAAUGAAUAUCAAAAUCUUUGCAAGGAUCUCCAAGAAGUACAACAAUUGCAAAAAGAAAUGACCUGUUCAUUAAGGUAUCAACUACGCACAAUGACACAAACAUUUCACAUUUUGAAAAAGAAAAUCGAAGCAAAUAAUCUGCCUAUAACAUCACUUCCACCUCCAUCUUCCACCAAACAAAAUACUCCGGAAGGUGGUAACAGUGCAAUGAAAACGUUAAGACGCGACAAAAAUUAAAAUCAGCGCAUUCAUGUAUAUUGUUUGCAAAAUCAUGCAAGCAUUAUGGCUUUUCUCCAAAUAUUUUGUGCUGUAAUUUUUCUCUCGGAGUAAAUUUGCUGGUCAUUAGUUUUAAUUAUGCCUGGCAUUGGAUGGUUUUCUAUUCAUUUUCAUUAAACUACCAACUAUGUAUAUCUCCACAUAAAGCUGCCACAAGCGACAUGGUCAGGCCAAACAUUAUGCUUCAAUUAUCACCAUGUUGGCCAUUUCAUCUCAUACGCGCUCUGCGUGUACUCAUAAAAAGUUAUUUUUACUUGUAGCAAUAGAAUGGUACUGCCAAGAACCGGUAAAAUGUGACUAAAAAGGAAUGCAAAUUUAUGACAAAACAAAGGUUCCGAUCGGUUUAUGAUAGCUUUUUCCUGAUUUUUUUUAACCUGAAUUAGAUUGCUCGUAUGUUAGUUUUUUCCGCAUAGCAAGUUAAUCUGUGUUUUAAGUUGCAUAAAGGGUUUUGAACUGCAGAACGCAUUGCAUGUUUUAUUACGAAGGAUUAUGAUGGAAAGAUAUUAUCAUUUCUACCAAGCACUCUAUCCUAUAGCGUAUUGAAACCAAUUUACAAAGGUAGCAGAAUUGUCAGAAUUAACAAAUCGUGUAAUUUAAAUAUGUACCAGUUGUAAUAUCUUUCUCUCCGUUAUGAACUUCAAACUUAAUCAUUAUUUGGCGUAUUAGCUAAUGCGUUCUAGGACUCGAUGUUUUCGUGAAUGUUACAAUCGUAAAUCGUCGCUGUUGUGCUAUCUUAUGACAAACGCCAUUUUUGGGUAAUCUGAAUAAGAUAUGCCGCAUUACUUGUUUGAAAAACCUCUACAAAGUGGCGUUUUCAGAAUUUUUAAAUUCUACUUAGUUACUUAGAUAUAGCGAGAAGCAUGAUGAGAAAUUGUGUUUUUUGCUUCAAAUCACUGUAUCUAGGGAUUUGCUUAAGUUAUAUUGAAGUUUUAGAUGUUUUUAUGUGUGAAAAUGUCUGAGGAACACAAUGGCAUAAACAUUUUCAAAAGAAAAUUACACGAGUUGUGAGAAAAACACAGUUUUAGUUUUAAACUGGAAAUAAAGAAUAUUUGGCAACACUGUAAUCAAAAAUAACAAUUUUUCUAGAUUCCCUGACUCAUUUUCUUCAAAAUGCAUUUUACAGAUUGUUUAUAGACCAUAUGAACGCAAUGAUAUGAAUAAAAGUUAAAAAUCGAUGAUUCUUUCUAUGAACAAUUUUUUAUGAGCGAUUAUGACGCGUCAUACUAAUUUUAGUAUCAAUACACGCCUAUGACACGCGUGAGUGCGACUUUUGUUUACAUUCAUAGUAAAAACUCGCAACAUAGUCAACCGAUCUUCGUAAUAUUUGAGAGAAUAAUGUAGAAUAGAUAGAAGCAUCAAUUGUCUUCUUUUUAUUGUUUAUACCAUUUAUAAGUUUCAAGAUAUUCAAUCUCAAACUUUAAAAAUCGUUUUUCUCGAAAUGUGCUAAAUGGCGCUUGUCAUAAGAUAGCACAACAGCGACGAAGUAAGUAAAUUUUCUAUGGCGCUCAUAGUGUGACCUAAUUUAGACUGUCAUCCCAACAUUAUAAAAAACGACAUUGUCAUUUCGAGUCUGUUUUAAGGUGGCGAUUCCUGAAAAAUCAGGGAAUUCUAUUUGUCCUGCAAACCCUGGAGUUUUCAGGGAAUUUGGGAAUAUUCGCGUACGAUGGCUACCUCUGCUCCUUGUCUGCAGAUGAAGUCGACUGUCUGCUCCGGUCACUGGCUAAGCAUAAAACUGGCACAAUUAUUAAGGAACCAAAUAAAGUUUUGGAUCUCGAUUAUUUCUUUGAGGCAAUUCCAAAAGUUUUGACAUCCAUAUUGCUAGGUUUCUCUGAAAUUUACAAAUAGUAUUCCACUGCUGGGACACACCUCCGGGAAUCCGGGUUUUCCGAUAAGAAUACGAUAGCAUACGAUUCCUUAUGGCAGGAUUAAAAAAAAAGAUGACUUCCUAAUUCCAAAACAUCCAUAAAUAUUUGAAUCAGUUUAAAAUUACCGUAGUAAUAAGCAUUACCCUAUCAGUCUGUUAUGCGUUUUGGCGAUGAUUUUGGCGGAUUGCACACUGGUCACUAACUCUUCAUCAUGUUUGACUGCUGAUUAUCUAAUAAGAGGAAAUGGCCAGUAGAAACCAUACCAAUCCGACCGAUAUUUUAACCUCAACGGCAUGAUAGCCAUCAUUACUGGUCGCCCCAUCUCCAUUGUUCACGGGGUACGAUAAAUGAUAAGGUAGACGGGAAGUGUUGAUACUCCACCUGUUUAGCGGAAGGACGACGAUUUAUCAAACUCUUCCAUAGUUGUCGCGGAGUUGAAGGUUUAGAAGGGUAUAAGGAUUCGCUCCAAGCAAGCGAUGCGACCUGUAAAGCAUAGUUUAUUAGUUAGUUGUUUAGUUAGUCUUCGGGUACGCGAAAAGAAAAGAUCUUGUUUAGUUUUUGGUUCUUUUUAAACUCUGGGUAGCCGAGAGUAUCCUAUGUUUUGUAAACAAAAGCAAUUAGCAAUUUCAACUCCAUACAGCCGACCGUGGGAGUAUUGCCUAGAUAAGCUCAUCUUAUCUGCGUAAUGGGACGGAUCACUAUUUAUUUGUACUUGUAUGUUUAUUUGUGACGAUAGCCUCUUUAUUGCAACAGUAUUUAGACAGAUUUCGUUAUUUCUUCUCUACGAUAUAUUUUAGUGUGUUCUCAACUAGAUCUGUUCGCACCCUCUCAUUCUGUUACUAUCGCAGAAAGCUGAUAGCACCCAGUCGUCGACGGUCUAAGGACCAAAUGUCAUCAGUAGACUUAGACUCGCGUGGAGGUAUGAGAUAGGAGGCUUGUGAGAACUAUGUUAUCUCACCGUUUGACGACCCAUUAUCCUGCCAGUCUGUUAUGGGGUAAAAACAACGAAGACGUUCCCCCUAGGGCCAAUUACUACAUCUUCAAUUUUAUACCACUAAAAUUUAUGCUUAAUGAUUUACUAUGAUGUCACCCAGUUACACGUUCUAUUUAUGGAAAACACAUUGUAAUUUUGAUUGAAAUCUGCAGAGUUACUCGUGUACAAUUUUGUUCCCUAACGUUUAAGCACUCAACUCCGCUUAAAAAAUCAACCUUAUCAAUAUUGGAUUUCUUAUAUAAUGGAACUGUAUGAUGACUUCCGAAAGCUCCAGUUUCAGUAUCACCUUCCGCUAGCAAAAGGGCGGAUACGACAAUAUUUAAAAUCAACAGUUAGCGUAUUUAACCAAAGUUUGCUUUCCUUUUGCUUUGUUUCACUUAUCUCCACAAAUAAACAAACGAUCAUCGAAAAAAUAAAAUCAAUAGUGUAUUAUCACUCACGUUAGAUCGUGGCGACUGUUAUUUGUCGAUUGCUUAACUUUCUUAUAACACUAGCUUGAGCAGAGGUAAAAUGUUUACUGGUGCGUAUUUUUAUUUGCUGCUAUUGCCAGACUGCAUUCAAAAUCGAUUUAUUGGUAUUUAUUUAUUUGUUUGUAUUUAUUAUAUUCCAACUUACCUUUUUAGAGGGUAGGUACUUAAUCUCUGGAAUGACGAAUUGAUGGGGAAAAAUUAUUACCACGCAAAUGGGAGGCUAAAAUACUGUUUGUCUCAAAUCAUGAAAAAACUUACCAAAAACCGGUUUAUAUAAUUUGUUAGCAGACUUCAAUAAUUUUGCCGUGAUUAUUCGACAAUAUUUUGAAUUAUGACCUUAUUCUACAGUUUUGAAGAAAGUGCUGCAUUAUUUUGUAUUAGCAACACAAUCAUUAUUAAAAAUUAUGUAAAGUGGGCAACACGUUCCAAGAAAAAACCUUUGUAUGACUUUUUCCACCAAAAUGGGAAUAUUUAUUUUAUUUUUGGCUAAAUGAAACUCGUCCAAACGAGAAUCAGGAAUGUGUAAUGUAGGAAUGUGUUCCACAAUUUUUCUCAUUUUUCUUGCUUUAUAACCUGCAGUUGGUAUUUCGACUGCUCGCUCAUCACGUGAGCCAAAUUCUACAAUAAAGGACAUAGCUCGGACAGUUCGGCGAAUUUGAGUCUUUCGUUGCAAUAUAGACAUUAUUUGCUUCAUAACAAGCAAAACAUCUCUGACGUGGUGAAAGGAAACUAAAUCUAGCCAGAACAGAAAAAGUGCAUUAUUACUGCACAGAAGUAGCUUAAAACAUUUCUCUAAGCAAUUUUCCUAUUAAAUAUUCUGGGAUACCUUCCUGUUUGUACGAAGUUAUCACUGCUUCAUCCACUGUUGCAGAAGACCUGCUUGAUGGAUUAUUUCUUACAAUCAAAAAAUGUAAACGUUAUGCCUAUUGAUUUUUUUGUUUUUGCUGGCACAUAAACCUAAUGUGGUUAUUUACUAGAAAUAUUAAUCUUACAUUUCCAUUUCAUAACUAUAAGGUCCAUAAAACCCGAUUCUAUAACAAUAUGCAAAUAUAACUUAUGUGUGUGCAUACAUAGUUUAUACAGUUGACACAUAGAAGGUAUGUGUGCGCGUGAUAAUAUUCUGGUUGCAGUUGAAAAUCGAAAUAGUGAACUUGCGCUUUACGAUUUUUCUCCUAUUUUCAGCGUGCGGAACUAAAGCGCAACUGGUGUAGAUGAUGCGCAAGUUGAUUCUCCAACAUGUACACAAGAUGCGCUUUAGUUGCUCACUCUGCAAAUAGGGAAAAAAACGAAAGGCGCAAGUCAAUUCUUCGAUUUUCAACUGCAACUAGAAUAUUAGCAUUUCUUCUUCAUAUGGAUUUUAAGGGGAUUGAAGCAAAUAGAACUAACGUUUGGAUUUUUAUCAGUGUACAAAACUUAGACUUCGUUCAGAAUUUCGUUGCAUACACGCAAAAGAAUCAGGCCUUUUUGAAACAACAAAACGUUUAGUUGAAUUUCAAACUUGACGAAUGACUGUUUCAAACUGAAAUGGGCGUUUCUCGAAACCAAAUAUUUGGUUUAGUUCAACAAAUACUUCUGUUUGCAUUUUAAAUAGAAACAUUGUUGAAACAAAAUAAAAUUUAUUAGAUCUAACUGUUCUCUUUGUU